UAUCGUGAGGACCGUAGUUUUGGAUUAGGCCUUAAUACUGAAUAUUUUCCUUAGAUAGAACCAUUUGAUAUAAAAAUGGAUCACAUAAAUAGGUAGAGCGUAGCUCGGAACGGUGUUCUGUGCCGUUUUGAAGCCCAGUUGUUGGGUUCACUUCGAUUUUGGAGUAUUAUUUGGUAGGGAUCGUUGUGUCUUCUAUGCACACAGUGCAUCAGCUGUACAUUUUCACGACCACGACCACGUCGAGAUCAUGUCUGCUGGCAAGCCUUUUGUGGCAGAUUUUGUUCUUUCGAACACAAACUUUGGAUUAAAGGAGGACGUGACUGUGUGGUCAAAGAUCUGUGAUACGGAUAUAUAGUUUUUGUAGUAGAUUGUGAUCACUUUUGCUUCAAACAUCAGUGGUGUUUUGAGGAGUGUUGUGUUCACACUUCACAUGACAAGUUCUCUCUGUCUGCAAACCCAUUACCAAGUGAAAAUGGCGUCGUGUGGUUUGCAAACGAGUUGUCAAGUCUUCCAUACUGUGUUGGUAUACUGUAAUCAAGACCAAAGACUAUAGCAUAGCUUGGUCUUGUUGGAUAGUGUUAUGAUGAGUAAGGGUGGUCAUGCGCACCCUGUGAAUGGGGAGGUAGCGUCAAAGAAGGAUACUAGCGAUAGCGAACAUCAUAGUGGAGAGUCUGAGGUGACAACGCCUUCAAAAACUAGUUCAAAAAGUUCAGCGAAGUUUGGAAUAACGAAGAAGUCCACACCUGUCAAAACAUCAAGUUCCAAUGGUCAUUGCUUAGAUCGGGAAAAAUCCACAAGUACUACUAACAUCAAGUCUGGUUUGCCAAAGGGGACCUCAGAAGUUCGUCCGCAACCGGAAAGUACCAUUCGUAGCGGUUUAGGAAUAAAAAGCGGUAAAGAUUUGAGGAUGGCUACAGGAAGCAGUGCGAAGAAGGAGAAUGGGACCACAAAACGUAAUGAGCAAAACUUGUCAUCGACGCAAACAAUGGCACCUCCAAAGCCUGCCGGUAAUCGCUUUGGUAGAUUCAAAGUCAGUCGUGUCCCCGUACCAUCUUAUGACACAACUCACGACUCCAGCAGUGAUGGGGGAGAAGCACCUGCCUACUCUGGAGCCAUUCAUUCCGGAGCCAAGGAGAGCCAUCAUAAAAGUGCAUUCCGACCACCUACCGGUAAACGGGGGGUCGUCCAAAACAUCAGUGAUCGAUCCGAGUUAAAAGCCCAUAAGUAUAAUGUAGAUUUUGCUCCGGAGCGUGCAAAUAAGUCCGCUCUGCGUUGGAAAAGUAGUAAUGGAGACGAGAAGUCACAUGUAAAGAAACAGGUUACCAUAAUUGAGGAUAAGAAAAUUAUCGCGGCCGGAACUGUGGAAGAUGCAAAAAUAGAUAGCAGUUUGGACAAGGAAAGUAGUCCGCUGCAAGAUGCAUUGGAUAAAACUGCUGAUGUCAAGAAAUUGAGUGAUGAGGAGUUGGAAAAAAAGGAAGGUGUGCCGGAAAAAUUUGUUGAAAAAGAGGAGCCAGACGAAAAGGCUGUUGCUGCAUCUCCGAAUAAUACUUUCUUGAAGUUUGACAUUGAAAUUGGACGUGGAUCGUUCAAGACGGUUUUCAAGGGCCUGGAUACUGAAACUGGUGUAGCGGUGGCGUGGUGUGAAUUACAGGAUAAGAAAUGGAAUAAGAGUGAGUGGCAACGGUUCAAAGAAGAGGCGGAAAUGCUGAAGGAACUGAAGCACCCGAAUAUCGUGACAUUUUUCGAUUCCUGGGAAGAGUUGACACAACGUGGACGUAAGAUUAUUGUGCUGGUCACAGAGCUGAUGACAUCUGGGACGCUGAAAACGUAUAUCAAACGAUUCAAGAAAAUCAAUCUGAAAGUGCUAAAAAACUGGUGCCGACAAAUCCUGAAGGGCCUGCACUUCCUCCACACGCGUGAUCCACCAAUCAUCCAUCGAGACUUAAAAUGCGACAACAUCUUCAUCACCGGGCCGACGGGGUGUGUCAAGAUAGGAGAUCUGGGACUCGCCACGCUCAAGAACAAGUCCUUUGCAAAAAGUGUGAUAGGAACGCCAGAGUUCAUGGCACCCGAGAUGUAUGAGGAGCACUAUGAUGAAGCCGUUGAUGUCUAUGCCUUUGGGAUGUGUAUGUUGGAGAUGGCCACCUCGGAGUAUCCCUAUAAAGAAUGUACAAACGCUGCACAGAUCUAUCGCAAAGUUACAAGUGGUAUCGCCCCCGAGGCUUUUGAGAAGGUGGUCAACCAAGACAUCAAGCAGAUCAUUGAAGGGUGUACCAGGACCAAGAGAGAGACAAGGUACAAUGUAAAAGAACUUCUACAACACGACUUCUUCUUGGAGGACUCUGGUGUGAAGGUUGAGGUGGUGAAGCCAGAGGAGGGUGAGGUUGAGGGCAGUAUCGUACAGCUGAGGGUGAGGGUGGUCGAUCCCAAGAAGCGCAAAGACAAACACAAAGAGAAUGAGGCAAUCCAGUUCGAUUUUGAUAUUUCUAAAGACAUUCCUGAGGAGGUUGCGCAAGAAAUGGUCAAGUCCUCCCUCCUACCCGAGGAGGACAUGCGUGUCGUCGGCAAACAAAUCAACAACUGCGUCACCCAAUUGGUCCGAGAACGCGACCGCAAGAAGGAAGAGAAGGAACAAGCGAAUCAACAACAGCAACAACAACAGCAGGCACAGCAACAACAGAAUGACGGAAUGCCCCCUGUCACGUUACAGCAACAGUCGUCAUCGAUGUAUCCUGCGAAGACGACCGAAACUUCGAAUGUGAGCGAUAGCGGUGUGAGCAACCUGUCAUCUGAGUCGAGUCAUCCAAGCAGUCAGAUCUUCUAUUCAUAUCAGCAGAUCCCACCCCAACCGUACUCCCAAGCGUUUUCUACCGGGGGUCAGUACCCUGGCUACCAGCAGAUCCAAGGCCAACAGUUCGGCCAAAUGCAGAGCACUAACAUUCCUCCGGCGACCACCGGUCAGAUGUAUCAACAGUAUAUGGCAUUCCCGCAAGGAUUUCAAUCACAGGUUGGAGGACCCAUGCAGGCACUGUACAAUCAAUCAGCAGUCCCGUUCCAUGCGGGCAUGAGUAGUGAUCUGAGAAGUACCCCGCAGAUGCCGAGCCAGCCCAUGUCACCACCAGUCUUUGUGCCAGGAUCGCAGAGUACAUUCUCACCGGUCGUGCAAGCUGCUCCGGUCGCCAGUCAACCGCAGGUACCUAUAGCCACGCAGACCGUCCUACCAUUGGUCAGCUCACGGCCUCAGACACCUAACGCGGGGACGAGCCAUCCAGCAACUGUCUUAUACAAACCAGUGCCUGUCUAUGGAAUCCACUUGUCUGACAUGGUCAUGGGGCAGAUGUCACCGUCACAGUCUUUCUCUACUCUUCAACCUGUCGACCCCACUACUGGCCACGCAUCCACGGUCUGCAUGUCGCCGAUCCCAACGAGUAUAAACCAGGCACCGACGGGCCAGAUCCACGCGGUCGGCACCUUCCACCCUGCUGUGUCUCAACCACUUCCGGGGACGGCCACGCCACCUAUACUUGCUCCUCAGCAUGGCCAAGUCGACAACCAACAGCAGUAUGGUCAGCAACCGGUGCCAUAUCAAAUUCAACAGAUGAUGCCGCAGACAUCCUCUCAACAACAGCCUCAGCAGCCACAACCACAGAUGUCCCAGCAAAUGCAACAGCAAGCCCAGCAACAGGUUCAACAGCAGAUGCAACAGCAGAUGCAGCAACAGGCACAACAGCAAAUGCAACCGCAGACCCAACAACAGUUGCAACAGCAGGCCCAACAACAAAUGCACCUGCAGCAGCAGAUGCAAGCCCAUGCCCAACAGCAGUUGCAGCAACAGGCCCAACAACUGCAUCAGCAGGUCCAAGCUCAGCACAUGCAACAGCAGGCCCAGGCUCAGCAGCAGAUCCAGAUCCAACAGUCUCAGCUGCAAUCUGGGCAGGUUCAGCAGCCUCAGCAGACACAGCAGCAGGCACCAGCCCAACCACAGGGGCAUCAGUCUUCAACAGGGCUUGCAGGACAGACGACGACUGCUGAUGGUGAAACACAGAUUACGCGUGACAGUGAUGAAGGAACUACGGUGGAGAAAGUGAAGAAGAAGAAGGUGAAGAGGAAGAAGCAUCACAAGUCUGACCUGCCACAUCUUACGGUGCUAAGUGUCCAAACUGACGAAGGGGAACAAAUGGUUGAGUGUCGGAUGGAGACGGACAAGACCGUCACGUUCCAGUUCAAUCUUGAAGAUGAUCAGCCGCAGGAUAUUGCAGAUAAUCUGGUGAAUGAGGAUUUGCUGCGACUUCAACACGUUGACAUGUUUCUUGGUCAAGUGAAGAAUAUGAUUGGCCUGGUGAAAGAGAAUCCCGAGGCGUCCAUCGGCACGGAGCUCAAGGCUGCAGAGUCACCACAGAGUAGUCCAACGACGCGUCGCAAGACCGAGGGGGACAUCAAUAUCAAAGGAGAACAACAGGAGUACGAGAGCAAGAAGAAACUGAGCUUCGAUGGUCAGUUAGACUCGGCACCUGUGGAGAAGGAUGAGAGCAUGCCACCAUCACCUGUCCAGCCGUCAGAAUCGACCGUUGUUAAAGCUGAGGGCAGACAUAAGAAAUUCAUUGUCACCCCCGUCACAGAGUCGUCUGCUCCGCAACCUGAUCCAGGAUCGCCGUCCAUUCAACAUGCAGAAACUGUGGUAUCAUCAACUCACUCACUCCCGUAUCCUGAUGGUAGUGCCAAGCAGAUGACCAAAGCACAGAAUAUCGGGUAUCAUCGGUCGACGUCGAGUCCUAAUAUGACAUUCGAGGAUCCUGUGACAAGUGUACAAAUGGAGAGUGUGAGACAGAAACUGAGCCAGCUCGAAUCACAGCGGAAGACUGUACCGGCGGUUGUGGAAUUGCGGGGCGAAUCUUAUUCUCAGAAUGUCAGCGGGACGCAGACGCCUGCUUCAGAUGUUGUUAAGGUUUCCACCCCAACUUUGAGUGUUGCUGAUGGGAUGGCGAUGCAUCAAUCAACAGCACCAGGCGGAACUGUGGCACAGCCGAGUCAGCAGAAUCUCAUGCAGAAUCAAAUGCAAGGCUUCCCGGUGAUAUUCCAGAAUCAGUAUGGACAGUAUGUCCAGGCGUGGUAUCCGUCAGGAAUUCCGCUCAUCUCACCGGGUCAGUUCAUGCCGUCGAUGCCUGGUCAGGGUGCUGGAAUGCCUGGGCCGCCAUCAUCCCAGCCAACGUCACUCACUUCGGCACAGAUUCAAGCCCAGAUGAUGAAUGCACAGAUGCCAAAUACAAACCAAGUCCAGCCUCCAAGCCAACAGCCAGUGCAACAGUCGGGGAUACCAGCUGGUUCACAAGUCCCGGCCCAGGCCACUACGACGAUCAGUGCAAGUUCUGUGCCGAGUACUCAGACAACCAUUGCCACAGCUGUGCCGGGAUCAACGUUGAAUCAGCUUGAGGGCUCUACACAACCGCCUGCUUCUUCUUCCAUCACUCCAAGCCAAUCCCAGCAACAGCUUCCACUGCCAAGCCAACCACCGAGUCAAGGAGUGCCCCUUUCACCAAGCUCCCAGAGGAAAUUCGAAGCCACCACAUCAGAGGCUGGGCCGCCUGUUAACACACCGAGCAUUCACGGUCAACAGUCACCUCAACACAUUCCAGCUCAACAGACAGUUGCAACCACUGGGACCAAACCCCAGACAACCAACACACAAUCUGAUAACUCGUCUGUCACAGCACCUACACCUUUGAAACCCAAGGAGAUCAAGCGUCCACCUGAUUUGGCUAACCUCGAACAGGCGCUUAUAGAGAAGCUGCACACUAACAGAAAGCAACCUGGCUCCAUGCCUACAUCUUCCAGCGGACACAGCGGGCAUGAGCUUCAGACACCACAUCCACCGCUUCUGACGCCCACACCUAACCAGCCUCAGCAGUUCUUAGUACAGUCAGUGGCUGGUGGGCCAUUACAAGUCGUCACAUCGAGCGCUCUGCCAGCUGGUUUCAAGCCUGUACCCUUGCCCACGUCUACCAGUUCGAAUCAGCUCCUAACUGAUGUAAGUGCCAUGAGUAAUAUUGUCCUGUGUGAAUAUGAUUCAACUGUAGCAGGAGAACUUCAUCUCAGUGAGGUCCAAAGAGUCGAAGAGGGUAGAUUCCUGAUUACACCGAUCAUCGAUGAAAUUUCACAGGGUGUAAGAUAUACUGACCAGGACAUAAAUGAGGGCUCACCAACAUCAUACUUGAAUGAAAGGGGUGGAUUCACCAUCGCUCUCAAUGCUUCAGGGGUUGCGAGUGGCCAAAAUGAACCAAGCAUGACCAGUGCAUCGACUGAGGGUUCCUCCCCAGUCCCUGCUGCGCCAUCUUCUCCACCUCUGUCCUCUGGUGCACCUGGCUCUAUCCCUCCUCCCACAACGUCCGGUCUCCCUUCCACUUCCUCCCUGCACGAUACCCCCACCCCCCCUGUCAUUGUCCCUCCACACCUCCAGCAUCUCCUCCCAACCUCUAUGACUGGCAAACUUCGGCGCGGGUCUGUACCUGCCAUCAAUCUUCAUGCACAGCUUGCCAAGGUGUUACAAACACCACACGAGCAUGUUUUGGCUAAUGUACCACAUCUAUCUGAAGCGAUCGGUCUAACAUAUGAGACGAAAACCGUUGGUGCAACCGAUGCUCCCAAAAUGACCUCUCAUCCUGAUCUCUCCCACCCUAACCGACAGCACAUGCACAGGCACUCUGUAGCAGUUGGUCCUGGACUCAGCCAAGUAGGUCUGUCCUGCAUGCAAAGUGGUCAAGUGGAGUCGUUCGAGGCUGUCGGUGUACCCUCACCGUUAUCAUCAUCCGUACCAAUGACAACAUCUCUCUUGGCGAUAUCAUCUCCCUCUGCUGCCACAGCUCUGUCUACUCUACCUGAAUCCGUGUGCUUGGAUGCAACCACGGUACCAGACAAUCUGGGGCCGCCCGGAUGUGAACCGUCGACUGAUACCUCUAGUGGGACAAACCAGGUUGGUGUGUAUGAUCGGCCUGGCUCCGCUCCCAUAUCUGAUGGUGCUCCAAACCUUAGUGAUGAUGAACUAAGUGAUCCUGAUUUGCUCAAGCUCAAGCUCAGACAUAAACAAGAGGAAGAAUCGUUAAAAGGUCGCCAAGCCCAAGAGAUUGCAGACUACAAAGCCAAGAAACGGCAACUAGUCAAUGAUAAGCCGCUACAGUCUUGCCAGCCUGACGCUACGUUGUCUACACAAACAACGACAACAACGGCAGUGGCCUCGUCGUCGAUGUCAACCGUAACCGCAGAGGAACAUCAUCGCACAGUGAUGAAUCUCAGCCGCCGGAAUUCUGAUAAGGAUGCUGGGUCAGGCGCAUCUACUCCUUCUCCUCAAGAUAGUCCAGCUCACCUUCCCCUGCCGAAUCCAUUGGUGCACGCCUCAACAUCACAACUGCACCUUGAGCCCGCUUUAAACUCGGCCGCAGUCCUCCCUAGUCACUAUCCUCAUGCUCAGCAAAUGAAACCGGUUAUGGACGGCAUUCCUAAGACAAAGACAAUUACGGAAGACAUGUUGAAGUACGUUGAUUUAGGCAAGGAGCGGAGUAAGUCCGUGUCAGAGCGGAAUGAAGCCAAGCCGAAUUUAAACCAGUUGAAACAGAUGCAGUUACAACAUGAUUUGAAGAAUAGUUUAAAGCAACAACAGAUGCAACAGCAACAAAUCACCCGGCCGCCUGCUCCUUCACAACAACAACAACAACAACAGCAAAAUGUGCGACGGACUCAAAGUUUGAAAGCUGAAAGUCGGACUGUGUAUCAACAUAAUUGUGAAUCGGGCACGAAUUCGCCGACUCCACAGUCAACGCCGAAAGGACAUCGAAAAAAUGCUACGCAAACGCAGUCGCCCCAGCUUCAGGCAUCUGAAACGGUGGUGACGCCACCAGCGAUGGCUCAGCCUGCUUUCGUGAAUUUUCCACAAAAUUUCGGUAGUCCUACUCAUUCUGUGAAUCAGCAAGGCCAGUUCAGUGGUCAGGUGAUACCGUAUGGACCUUAUCCUGCGUCAUUCCCCCAGCAACUGGGACCUGGCCAACAGCCCCAGAUGCAAGGCCCGUACUUCCUACCCGGAGGUCAGGGCGGGGGGUUUUGGGUUCCGCAGUUUGUGCAACCUAACCAAGCACAGAUUCCAGGAACACAGCCUCACAGUGACAAUCCAUCGAAUAAGUAGCAGAGACUCGGACAGUAGCUUGUGCAACUCUUUACGGCCUAUGCCUUUCUCUACAACCAAGUGCUUUCAGGUGUAUCAUUAUAUCUCACUGUGUCUCUGUAUCUUGUCAGCAACGCACGCUGUUAGUAAGUCUCAGUCAUGAGGGAGGUAUGCUGCUCUUGUAAAAGGUGGCUUUGAUGCUGAGAGGAACUGAUUGCUCCUGUGAGGGAUCAGUGAUCGCAUGAGAAACAGCAAGGUUGAUAAAAACAGGUGCUGUUUGUCACAGUCAGCUAAGACUCUGGCAGAACGUCACAACUUAUGCCAGUGGCCAAGUUGGGGUUCAGUUUCCCAAUCGUGAUAAAUGAGCAAGUGAUUCUAAGUUGUAUGUGUGUGCCUCUUAGGGGUAGACUGGGGAAAGUGAAAGGCUCAUUUCAUCAUAGUUAUGUUGAGCAGUGACAGACUGUGUUACUACUGGUGUUGGUGGCAUUUGGUGAACAUAUCAAGUUCGUGUCGUUUGAGAAGUGAUGGAGAGCAGUGGUCUCUAUAUAACGAGAAAACUUCCUCUGGACCAGCUGUCAAAGUGACCAGCUGUCGAUGAGACUUACUAAAAGUGGCUAUUGUAACCAUAUUGCUGAUAUAGAAGCUUGAGCUGCACACAAGAGGUUGUGGGGGAGUGGUAUUAGUGGGACUUUUGCUGAAGUUCAAGAUCAUUCCAUGUAUUGUAUAGUGGAUGGCAUUCAGUGACUAUUAAGCAGAUUUGUAACAGAUGUUUUGCCGAGAAUUCUAGAAGUGUGUAAUCUUUGAUUCUUCAAGCUUGACUGUUCGGAUGCUUCUAGAAUUCUCGCUUGGUGAUACGGCCCGAUUGUAAAGUUACCAAUUCGGCUGUAAAUAAUCAUACACGUAAAUAUGCACAUAUUAAAUUAUUGAUACUCUGAUUAUAUUCUACGUAACCGAGGAUAUAUGUCGAAUCUUGGCACAGAUUUAGGGAUUUGAAUCGUUCCUGCUUAUUGUGCUGCUGACUUGUGCAUAUCGCCCUACGCCGCAUAUUUGACCUCCUAUUGGCAGAUCUCGGUAUCAUAAAUACGAAUCGCAUUAUUCAGAUAUCAAGCAAGUAUUACCUUCAUAUGUGUACAUUUGGCAAAAAUAAAAUGUUCGAGUGGAGCAUUUUGCAGUCUGAUCGAGAGGAACAAACUCUCUUCUCUGUGAGAAUUGGAAAGUGCAUAUUUCAAAUUGAAAUAUUUGGUGCUCAUUAUCCUCUUUGAUUUGGAACGCUCAUCUUUUAUCAGAAGACAACGAAGUGUUAUUUGGGGGGGGGGAGAAGGAUGGAGUUUUGUGUUGAUAUUUGGCGGCGUGGGUUUGGAAAUGAAAUGAUUUUAUAAAACUAGAUAGUCUGUAAGGAGUCUAACCAAAGAGGUGACUGCCAAUAAGUACUCUUUUUGACAACAAAAAUGAUAUUCCUUGAUGGAUUUUGCAAAGUGCGUCAGGAGCACAUUCGAUGUUGGUAAAAAUCACCAGCAGACUCCAAAAUUGGAGAAAAAUAUUUACCAAAAAAAAAAGGGACUUUUUUGAGGUUGGCAAGCCAUAUUCCUUACUGCAUAUCAAGUAAUUUCGUAUGGUUUGUCUGAUCUACUUCAGUAUUUCUUUGCCUUUGCAUGACGUGUAUUUCGAGAAGUAGACCUACAAUGCCAGUAAAAUCAUUUUGUUUCCAUAGACCUGUCGUUGAAUGUCUCGGGAUGGAUGGAGAUUUUUGUACUUUCUCUGGCGAUGAGGGCAAAAAUGAACAUAAACACUACAUCUUUCAUUGACAGUUUGGUGUGAGUUCAGAAUUGUAAAAAUCUUGAUGAUCUUACACACUUUGAUGUGUUGCUUCCUUUGUGCUUGCUGGUUCUGUUUACGUGUGAACGUUUGUUUCUCAUCGGUACCAAUGUUAUUCGAGGUCUGCUAUUUAGAUAUUACAUCCAGUUUGGUGUGUAGGGACACCACAUCAGUCGGCAGUGUUGCACCCGAUAUAUGACUGAAUGCGGCAUACUGAUACUCCACACAUUGCCUCCGUGUAACUCGUAUGUAGAAUUUGCCGAAUGUCUUUCAUACGGAACUUUAUGCACUCGUGUGGUUUCCUUUUGUGGCGUGCUGACGUAGGGGAUACCACCCACAAUAGUCAACAUCUGAGUCGACUUGUGUUUGUCAGCUCUGUUCCGCUAGCUUUCUUAUGAUACUUUUGAGCCACAAACUUAUCAAUAGGUUAAUACCAGAUCACAAGCGCAAUCAUCAACCUCUAUGUGUUGAACUUGGGGCUUACGAUAUCGAAAAAUGACCUGACCAGAACAACAUAGUUGAAAUGACUUGAUGUUCUGGCCCUUGUUCAAGGGCAGAAUAUCUUGAAGCCCAUCAAGGUCGAGCUGUAUUCAGGUUUGUGUUCACUGAGGACAACUCUGAUAUUGGUGAAUAUGUAAUGAGGGAGCCACCAGUAAACCAAGAUGGUCAAGGCGCUUGAGUGUUCACUUGUAAGAUCGGUUGAUCAACAUUACCACUGUGGCCAUGUUUUGUGGCUCAGAAAUAUUCAACAAAACAAUCUUGACGAUAGAAUGGUCAGCACGUUUUCUCCUUUGUAAAUAAACAUUUGAUUAAAGAGAAGUCGGCCUGUAUUUUUUUAUGGACUUUGGUUGAGCGACGAACUGCACUGUGACUUUUGUUGUAAAUUUCAUGUCAGACUGGUGCUUGUAGCAAUUUCGUAGCCAUUUUUUUGUUUCGUAGAGGAUAUUAGCCGUGCGGCUGGACCUUAUUUAUGGAGCUUUAUGAUGCCACAAUAGCGUAUUAAUUUCAUUUAAUCAAUUUUCUACCUCCUAAUUUAAGUUGUAGUCUUGAGACUUGAAAUUUAAUCAAAAGUUACUCUUGAUUGCAUCCCUAAGGACAAGGCUGCUUGGCCUUAGGUCAAGGUUACUUGGUCUAAGGUCAAGGUUACUGGCUGCAAGAGGGUGCACAGUAGACAGGGCCCAAUUGAUGCCGUUGGUGGGAUGUGAAGCUUCCCAGUUGAGAUUUUUGGCCGAGUUAACUUUAUUGAGCUGAAGAUGAAGUCAGGCUAGCAGAAUAUGAGCCAUCUAUCGAAUUUGUAACUGAUCUGAACGUUGUUUUUGAGGAAAUGGCCAUCCUCAGUUCAGGAAGUUAUAACUGGUGGGCAAUAUUUAUGUGAAACAUAUCAAGCAAAGAAUGCCGGGCUGUUUCUGGUUUAUAUCGAUAUCUGUCGUUAUUUGCUAAGUGCUGGUGUGUGUUACCUUCAGCUUGAAAUGCUUUGUUUCACGAGUGUCCGAGCGUGUUCUUGUCGGAAAUGAACUAAGGUGUGCCGGCCUGCGACGGAACAGCCGUACCUCUCAAACUUGUAAGCUGUAAAUAGAAUUUUUAGUCCCAGGUAAUUUUGAAGCAUAUGAAAUGUUUGUGAACGAUUCUUCAUGCAGACUGCAUUUACUUAAUCACUCAGAAUGCUCAAUUUUUGAAUAAAACUCUGCUUUGAAACUUAAUAUCUGAAAACGUCAGACGUGACAAAAAUCAAUUUUUCGUUGUGUUAAUUUCACGUGACUUCUGUAAGUAUUGAUGUUGUAAAUUUCACAGAAAUGUCCGAAAACUCGGUAAAAAAUUCGCCAUUUUAAAGAUUGGUAACAAAUCAUACUUUCGUCAGUUUCGAUUUUCAAGUGCAGUAUGGCUUCAGGUGAAUCUUUCAAGAAGGAUCAAUUUGUGUUGAUUUUACAAAAUAAUACAUGGUGUCCCAAAAAAGGUAAUCCAUAUUUCUUUAGUUUGUUGUACCAAGUAUUACAUUAUAGGCUUGAUGACCUUUAUCAUGAGGUUGGAAUGAAGAUUUAUUAGCUUGCCAUGGCAUUAACUUAAUGAGGAUACCUUUGGAAAGUUGAUAGUCCUGUUGCAUAGUUACAGACACAGACGCUAUGAGGUGCCACAGUAGCUGGCGGAUGAGCUCCCCGAAGGGAGGGAUGAUAUAUCGAAUCAUCUUACUAACCUAGGAUAUAUGGAAAACCUGUUUUUGGGUCACCCUGUACUGUGUCCCAUCGAAUGAGUAAUUAAAGGAUUAAGUGGUUAAUUGGUUUUGAUUGAGGUUCAUAUUUCGAAUGUUAUCAUCAUCAUUAUGUGUGUUUAGUUUGCACGAGGGGCAUUUCACAGUAGUGGUAUAAACUGGUCAUAAAACUCAAGAAUCUGAUGUAGAUUCCCCGAGAAGUUGAAUACUCUUCAUUCUACCAACAAGAUUAUUUGGCAAAAAUUCACCAGAGCUUUCGAGAAACAUCCAUUCCUCGGUGUCAUUGAUCUUAGGCUGUAGAACGCCGGUGUACACCGAUUCACAGAGCAUUGUGAUGGGGUGAUAUCAUGAACAUUCUGAUCGAGUUCACUUGCAGAUGUCUUGAAGAUAUGUUCCAACUGCUGUGAAAUGGUCGCGUCUCUUGAUGUACUGAUUGCCAUGUAGACGCAUAAUUCAUAUAGAUCAUCUUGUAUAGAACUGCUGAUAUUACCCUUGCCAGUAUAAUGGAAUCACUUGAUUGACACAUUACGCCACUUGGUGAUUUCUUUCAAGACCCAAGAACAGCACUUGUAGUGCAAAUCAUAUUUUCAGGUGCAAUAAACUCCUGUCUUCUAAAUUUUGCCUAUUUCCUGUAAUAAGAAAUUAAUCAAGAUGAGCCGUUUUCAAUUUCCGAAUCAUUCCAGAGGUUCUCAUAACAGUAUUACACCAAUUUUCAUGAUAUUUCAGCCAAGCAUAACAGCCUUAUUUCAAAUUAAGAAGGAUACAGUUCAUAAUCACUCAAUGAAUAUCGUUGUAAUUAGUCAUUGUAAUUAGGUUUGAUAAUAUCUGCUUUUGAGUUAUAAUGUUCAGCACUCAAUAUUUCCAAUUAUUCAUGUUGUUGGUGUGGUGUUCUGGUGUUCACCUUAUCAAAGGGAUGGAUAACCUCAAAGCUCUUACAGGACAAACGUUGUCAGAAAAAUAUUUCAAUCCCAAGUGGGAAGUUAACGUAAAAUCGAUCCUCGGACUCGAAAAGAAAAGUUGUCAUAAUGAAAAAAGGCAUGUUCAAUUGAGACAAAUUUUUGGUGUGGUUAUGACUGUCUGGAGGAAUGUUUGUGCUGAUAAUCAGCAAUGUUAAGCUGAUAUGGUUUGAAAGCUAGUAAGCAAUGUAUAACAUUUCCAUUCAGGUAUUUACUCCAAUAAAUGAAUCAUUUGGAGAAAUAUCCGUGUGUUCUUUAAGAGUUGAGAGGGUGAUUCCACCUGUUGGCAGAUGUGAUUCCUCCCUGUGUUUCGUAUCAAGUUGUAUGGGAGUGGCUAUUAUAUAAUCUGUAUCAGAUCAGGAUGGCUAAUGCCCAGAGCUUACUGAAAUUAUUUUUCUACAGCUUAGCCUAGAAACAGCAGUCCAUUUCAUUUCUUGGCAAACUUUGACUGUUAAAUGGAGUUUUGUUUCGACAGCUGUUUUAAAACUAGUGUAUAAUCACUUAAGUUCACAUCAGUUUCAGUUUUGAUAGUGAGUGUAUUAUGGUUGUGAAGAUCAAACUGGCAUAGGUACAUAAUGUCUGUGGGGUGGUCUGUAAAAACCCUUCAAAUCAAAGAAGGCCAAUAAAGGCUAGAGUCGCGGCCACACUCGGUGAGACAAAAUGACUUUAGAUACUGAAAUAAGUGACUUUACAGAUGCGUAUAUUGAGACGUAUGUCGUGUUUUCUGGGCUAUGCUGUAUGGUGCUUGUGUACAUACUACCUGUAUGGCUUGCCUGAAGUCGGUGUCACCAUAAGUUGGUCUGUUUCAGUUGGUCUGAUAUGAAUUUGUGUAUGUUGAGGUCCCGUUGGCAUCGUCAAGCUUGAGGUGGUCUCUGUUGGCAUUAAGGUAUAGUUUGACUUAGUUCCCGUUCAUUCAUGCUACCAGGAAGAGUUCGUGAUUGGGUAAUCUUAAUGAUAUUGUUGUGUGGCUUUAAGAGUUGCUUCAUUUUAGAAAUAUGCUAAGACCACCUGGGGCCUAAGUUGUCUGAUGGGUGCAUUCAUAUCAUAAGCUUGGAACUUUUCGCUCAUUGCAUAUUUUUGCUCAUGCACUUCAACUUAUAAAGUAGAACGGAACAGAAUAAAAGAACAAUUCAUUCAUUUGAUUGAAACAACUUCAGACGAUGUUGUGUCUCAGCGAAGUGUGCUUGAAGAUUCCUUAAAGAAAACAGCAUUUGAGGAGUUGAAAGGUGUGUGUUGUUUGGCGAUUUAAUACUAUUGUGUCAUUCAGGAUGAAAAAAAACCAUGGUUUGUGGUAUAACUAAUAGUCAGGAAGCAGAAAUAACAACAAUAAUAUGCCAGAAUGUUAAGAUCAAUAUUUAAUUCAUUGAAUGCUAAUAUGUCCAGUUAUCACAAUAUGUAUGAAUGUAAAAAAGUGUACAGAUUUGGGACUCGGUUCUUGUAAAUAUUGAGCACCGAACGAAGCUUUGAAAUACAUGGGGCAUUUUCAGCAGUUUCUUGGUGCUCGCAUAUUCACACACAGAAACUUAGCAGCAUGAGUUGUUUGUUGUGUAGAGAACUUGGGGGAUUUCAGGUGAAUAAACAUAUUAUACUAACAACUGCAGACGUGGUUUGUUGAUUUUGGUACAAAUGUAUCAAGUCACUGAUGGUAAACGAGUUUAUAUGUUGAUCGAAAAAGAUGAAACCAAAAAAAAUUUGCCAUGAAUGUGUGUGCACCAAGACUGCAGCAAAUGCAUCGAAGUCUGUGAUUUUAAGUUGAAAUAAGAUCCAUUGCCUUUCUUUCUUCACUUUUGUAUUUCUUGGCAGUUACUGUGAUGUUGAUAUGUUGAUAUGUUCAUGACUUUCCACAAGGAGGCUUCAAGACAGAUUCCUCACAAACUAUCAAUUUGAACGGGAGGUUUUCCGUCAGACACUUCAUAAAAUACAACAGGAAAAUUGAAUUUCUAAAAGUGUUUUUAUGUUGUGCUGUCAAAUCACUCAAAUGUCGUAAUUUACCAUUCGCUAUCUUCGCCUUCGAGGGUUAACAUUCAUGAAUUGAUCUGCUCAAUCACAAUGAGCUCAUCAGAACUGUGAUUAUGUCAACCUGGAUGGCCAUUCAGUCACGUUCCCGUUGAGUAUAGACUUGAAAUAUCAAAUAGUUGGACUGAGGUGAUGUUGGUAAAGCUUUCACUUUUUUUGGAACUGCGGAGUCUUGAAGGUUUCAUGUUGGGCUCAUUCGGUUUUGGGAUCACACGUUCGUUCUAUGAUUCAGUUUCAAUUCAACGCUUGUCGAAACUGUGUAUCAUUUUUGUACACAAUCCAAACGUUGCAUUUCCUAAAUAAGUAAACUUGUAAAAUAUGCACAUAAGAAAACUGGAACCAUCCAAUUAAACUGUUUUAAAGCAA